CUGGCCCAAACAAACAAGGCCCAAAAGACCUAAUAAUCAUUUUGGAGGUUCCUCUCCUUCCUCUCGUCCUGCGAUCUCCUUUCCACCGUAUAGUCAUCGCAGCCAUGGAAAACUGUCAACAGCAUCAUCACCACCACCUCCAAAACCAAGACACCUCAUCAGCAUCACCUCCCAUCACCGGCACAUGCUGCAAGUGCGGCGGCCCUACUACCUUCCCCCCUCCCCCGCCAGGUCCCUCCUUCUCCGAAAUCUCCCCUCCCCCAACCUACCGCCCCAUCCGCGCCCCCGCCGUCCCUCCCGACCCCGACUCCAAGCGCGCCAUCGUCCUCGCCCCCGUCCCACAGUCUCAGAAGGUACCCGUCGCACAACCGCCCUACACCUUCCAAUAUCCGGCCAAGCGCAUCCACUCCCCCGACGAUAUCCGCCGCUUCCACGAAAGCGAUUCCGGCAAGAACUUCAUUGGCUUCAUCGUCGCACUCUCCGAAUCUAUUCGCGGUCACAAGAUCUCUGACCCCUGCCCCGAGUCCCACACCCUAACCGCCAUCGUCUCCAUCUUAGAAACCUUAACCCAAUGGAUCGAUGAGAUCCCUCCCGUUCAGCAGUCCGCAAGAUACGGCAACAUCGCCUACCGAACCUGGCACCAGAAGAUGUCCGAUUCCGCCGAAUCCCUUAUGCUCCGAUUCCUCCCGGAGAAUCUCAAAUCGGUGACGAUCGAGAUCGUGCCCUAUUUCACUGACAGCUUCGGGAACUCGAGCCGAAUCGACUAUGGAACUGGCCAUGAGACGAAUUUCGCGGCUUGGCUGUAUUGCCUGGCCAGAUUAGGGGUAAUAAACGAAGAGGAUUACCAGGCUGUGAUUUCUAGGGUAUUCGUGAAGUACCUUGAGUUGAUGAGGAAGCUUCAAUUGGUGUAUUGCCUGGAACCAGCUGGAUCACAUGGUGUGUGGGGUCUUGAUGAUUAUCACUUUUUGCCAUUCAUAUUUGGUUCUUCUCAGUUGAUUGAUCACAGGUACAUGAAGCCGAAAUCGAUUCACAAUCAGGACAUAUUGGAGAACUUCUCCAAUGAAUACCUGUACCUCGGUUGCAUUGCCUUCGUGAAGAAGGUGAAGAAGGGUCUCUUCGCGGAGCACUCCCCCAUGCUGGAUGAUAUCAGCGUGGUGCCCAAUUGGAACAAGGUCAACAGUGGUUUGCUCAAGAUGUACAAGGCUGAGGUCUUGGAGAAGGUCCCCAUCAUGCAGCAUUUCCUCUUUGGAUCACUCAUUAAGUGGGAGUAAUUCAUGGGUUCUCUCUCUUCCAACGGCUUGUGCUUGGAUUCAGCUUGGCUGUGAGACCAAGAUAUAAUCCAGUUUGAUCAUAUCACUGGUGUAGGAAGUCAUUACAGGGAAUCAUAUCUCACAGUAGUUUAGUUCAUUGAUCUUUUUUUUGUUUCGGUGUUGAAGUGCUGGUUCACUGUUGACUGUUAUUCUGGAUGCACGCAUUAGUGAAAGUAAAUAAUGGGUAGUGUUUAUUCAUCUAAUAUAGAGAUAUAUAGUAUAUGAGGAGAAUGUUUGCCCACAUCACGUUUAAUGAUUCUGUGCAUGCAAGUUUCUAUAUGAUCUAGACAACGCAUGCUUGCUGAUGGUUUGGAGUCCUAAUUUUGUAGGAUUGAAUUUCAUGUAUAAACAAGUUUAACAGCUUAAACAAAAUAUAUAAUCAAUUUUCUUUAUUCUAAA